GGAAGAUUGAGGUGUUCAGUCUCCAACACAUUGUGUCAUGGGCUGCUUGUGUCAGUUGGGGUGGCUUUUUCUCCUGAUUGUGGCUUCAAACAUAGAGGCUCAAAAGAAAUACUCUUUAAAUGUCAGCACAAAAUGUCUGGGGAAUAUCAUGCGAGUGGAUGUUGGUCCUCUUGGAGGAAAUCUUUUGGAGGUUGCUGUUGUCAUAAAUAACACAGCUGUAGUCCUCACACCAAGCUUGGCAACACAGUGUGGCUUCAGCAUGAAAACGGACAAGCUGGGGAACGCUUUGAUUUAUGUCUCCCUUCAGAACUGCUUUGCUCAAAAUGUGGAUGACAAAAUGUUUUCUACGGCCCUCCAACUCCGAACGCAUGGGAACCUGCACGAAGACGAGCUGUACCAGGUGGCUGAAUCCUGCUAUUAUGAUGCCUGGGCCUCCAGGGAAAUAAUCUGUGAUUACAACUACAUGGAGGUGUCAGUGAAACGUGCGACUCCAGAAGAAUAUGCCAUACCCCAGACCGGCCCAAGGUCUAUUAGUCCCCGCCAAGCUGCAGAGAAACCACCUUUGGAUUCAAGCUUCAGCUUGACGAACAUUGUGUUUUUCACACCUGCGGGGGAGAAGACCAUGAGUGUGACUACUGCCCAGAAAAAUGGUUACGGCAUUGGAAAUACUCCAACAAGGCUGGUUCUUCGAAGUCCAAUGGGGGCACCAGAAAUGUUCACCCAGGAUGUAGGAGGGGUUCCCAUGAGGGUUCUGAAAACUUCAACCAUCUUUGAGAAGCAGUGGUUGGCAACUCAAAUUGAUGUUGCAGCUGCUUGCCCCACACAGGAGGGAAGCGUGUUCAUCACUCAAACCACAAUCACCUGGUACCUGCCCCGUCGGCCCGAUCCAAUCGCCACUUCUGGCCAGUUCAACCUGCUGAUGGUGCAGUUCGGCAUCAAUGGUCAACGGCUCAAUGCUGCCGAGAUGCAGGCCCAGCAGUACUCUGUGGUGGUCAACGACUACUUCAUCGUCACAGAGAUUCCUAUUGGAGCAGCGGGCGGCUACUACAAGAGUCAUGUAAAAGACAACCAGUACUCCGUCUCAUACAUGAUCGAACCGAUGCUGGAGCUGCUCUGGACUGAGGAGGCCACUCAGGUGGAUACGCGAUACAAAGUCUUCUUUCACAUUGCCACUCACUUGAUGCCCCAGCCUCUUCAGCUCAUUGACAAUACAGUUCCAGCAGAGCAGAUGUUUAAGCUGAUGCUGGGGCAGUUUGCGACCGACGUGGUGCUGAUCAACAUCACCUUCCCCUCGGAGGUCUUAUCCAUGGCGGACUGCAGCGCCAGAGGUUUUAACAUCAUGGAGCACAUGUCUCCCAGCAGCAGUAUGAAGAUCUUCACCCUCCAAGUGCCAUUUACAGACCCAGUAGUCAUUCAACAGACAAAAGGUGGCAUGUUGGCUUAUGCUCUUCACCUGACCUUCGGCUUCAUGGUUCUGGAGGAUCUUGUUCCCUUUGCUUACACGGCUUAUGUGGAAGCUGCUGUACAAAGCAUGGCAGUCCCUGUCCCACCCUCUAUUACCGGUGGCUGUGAUAAUCAGAACUUCUACGUUCUUGUGAAAUACGGGACCCCAGGCUAUAGAUUCCAAACUGCAGUUGGAAAGCGCUUCGUGACGCCCAAUUUGGCCCAGCAAUAUGGCUACAUGGAGAACAAGACGCACUUCAGUUUUGUUGUGCCGUUUACUGCUCCUGAUGUUGCAGUCGAGGCUAUUGAAGAGUCUUCCAUCAGGUGCAGGCUUGAUUUGGUUUUAAGCAAUCCAGAGAACAAAGCAAAAAUCCAGGACUUCUCUAUGGCUUGCAACUUUCCCACAACCCUGACUGACUGCUUCCCAAAUGGAACAAUGACUGCUCUGGCUGUUAAACUGGAGUCGGUUCCAUCUCUCGACCCGGCUCAGCUCACACUGGCAGACCCCACCUGCGGCCCCUCUUACAGUGACGACCGCUACGCUUACUUUGCUUUUACUGUCAACUCAUGUGGGACCACCAGGAAGUUCUUGCCCAGUGGCAUGCUGUAUGAGAAUGACAUCUCCCUGCCGGAUGCUGUUGUCAUGAGAAAAGGCUUGAAGUCCGAGGAACCGGAGUAUCAUUUAAAGGUUUCUUGUCUGUAUGACAUCAACACAAGCCAGGCUGUAGCUUUCAGCACCAGAGCUCGUAGGAGUGAGCCGUACGCAGAGGAUGCCAAAGGCCAGCUGCAAGUUGUGAUUAAACUUGCUUCAGAUGACUCCUACAAAACCUUCCAGAAUUUGGAGGAAUACCCCAUCGCCAAAUAUCUGCAGCAGCCGUUGUAUUUUGAGGUGGAGCUGAUGGGAUCUGCAAACCCCCAGGUGUCUCUGCAGCUGGAGAACUGCUGGGCAACUCAGAACGAGAACCGGACAUCUCAACCCAGAUGGAAUCUGAUCAUAAACGGCUGUCCAAACCCAGUGGAUCCAUAUCAGGUGGUCUUUCAUGAAGUCUGGACUGAUUCAAGGGUCAAAUUUCCAUCCCACGUGAAGCGUUUUGAGGUCCAGAUGUUUGCCUUUGGUGAUGAAGAUGACAUGAACAGCCAGCAGGUCUUUGUUCACUGUGAUGCCAUGAUCUGUGACACCAAAAAUCCACUUGGUGGAAUCUGCACUGGCCAGUGUCCAAACCCUGACGAUGGAACAAAAGAUAAGAGACGUGAUCAGACUACUUUUGAAAAUGUGUCCAUUGGACCAGUGACCUUUAGCCAAUUGAAAUAAAGAACUUUUUUUUUUAAAUGA